AUGCAAUCGAAUUCGCACCACCGAGGGCCAGUUGCUUCAGCUGCAUCUAGCGGCUCGUUCUUUUCAAGGAAUUUCACCAAAAGAGAAACUGGCCGUCCCGGCGACAGCAUUGAGUACCCUAAGGGUUCCAUUGGCCUCAUUACCCUCCAUAAUCCCGGAGAAGAUGCAGUGGCUGAUUUAAUCUUCGUCCAUGGUCUGAAUGGUGGAUCAGAAAGUACAUGGACGAAGAACGGAAACCCUUCACUGUUCUGGCCUUCGGCGUGGUUACCGAACGACGAAGCAUUUCGAGAUGUCAGAAUCCAUACGUUUGGCUACGCAUCGGGAUUAAGCCGCGAGUCCGUUCUUCACGUUCCCGAUUUUGCGCGGUCUUUGCUAGCCUCAAUACAUGACUCCCCAACUAUAUCAUCCAAAGAUCACGUACCAAUGAUCCUACUCGGGCACAGCAUGGGUGGCCUGGUAGUUAAGAAAGCCUACAUUCUCGGUCAUCAAACGAAGGAGUUUGAAGAUGUGGCCCGCAACAUAUUCGCCAUCUUCUUCUUAGCCACACCGCACCAAGGAGCUGGAAUAGCGGAUACUCUGGGUAGGCUUCUGGCGUUAGCUCCGGGCUCACGCCCGUUUGUUCAAGAUCUUUCGCCUGAAUCGCCAGUGCUCCAGUCCAUCAACGAGGACUUCCCAUUAUACAGCAACGAUUUGAAACUUUUCUCGUUCUACGAAAAUGAGCCAACGAAAAUCGGCAUAGGAACCCAACUGAUCGUGGAAAAGCAUUGCGCAGUAAUGAAUUACCCCAACGAGCGAAAGAACUAUCUGAACGCAAACCACCGCAAUGUGGCAAAGUUCUCAGUCCAAACGGAUCCCUCCUAUUUAGCCAUCAGGAACGCGGCUGAAGUCAUCUCAGAGGCUAUCGAGUUAGAAGAUACCAAUCGAGACAUCUCGCAGUAUCUGCGCUCAUAUGAAGACCACCUUCCUGCGGCAAGCUCGAAAGAACGCAAGGCGAUGUCGAUGAAAAUACUCCGGAAUGCCAACGGAUGCUUCCUCUGGGUGACGCUAGUAGUCAAGGAGCUUCGUCAGGUUCAUACUUCAACUGAAAUUCGGAAGGCCCUCUUGAGUAAUACGGCCGAUAUGGAUGAGUUAUACGGCCGUAUCCUCAAUGAUAUGGCGAACGCGCGGUUUGGCAAGGACCUCGCGAAAGCUAUACUGACUUGGACGACAUUCUCAUUCCGGUUUUUGUCUACGGACGAAUUGCAUUGCGCGAUAGAGCUCGAUCUCAAUGACGCGAUUGAUGACAUCGAACGAUCUAUUAGCACAUGUUGCGGCAAUCUCGUCUAUGUAGAUCGGAGUAAGAAGGUCCAAUUGCUCCACCUUACUGUCAGAGACUUCCUCACAAGACAAGGCAUGCGAUCCGAAUUCCAGAUCGACCGCGCGGAUGCUCAUAGACGUCUGGCUCUCGUCUGCCUCCGCUAUCUGACACGUAGUCCGUUCAUGGGCUCCGAAUCUGUCCUCAAAUGGAUCGAACAUCUUGCCAGGAAAGGCGAAUUAGACAAGGUUUUCCAGGCUGGGAAAACUAUAAAUAACCUUCUAGGUCGUUUGGCGCAACACAGUCCACUGGUGGAGUUGCGAAAAGAGCUCACACUCUUGCAUAGCUGGGGAAAUGAUCUCAUUCACUUGGUCACCAAAUUUGGAAAGGAGCUUUCAUUCUCACCUUCCUCGAUACAUCGACUGAUACCGCCGUUCUGCCCUAUUGAUUCUGCACCAAGUAGGCAGUUCUCGUCGCCACAUCGGGGAUUAAGUGUCUUUGGACGAAGCUCAGAAGGCUGGCAGGACUGUUUAUCGAUACUCAACUACACGAAACCUGAUCGUCCGCUGACUGUAGCCAUUUCCCAGAAAUUCUUCGGGAUGGGAUUUUUCACCGGGAAAGUCAUAGUCUACGACGACGUUACUUGCCAGGAGCAGAACACGUUGCUUCACGGCGAGCCAGUUCGGGCUCUAUCAUUCAGCCAAUAUGGAUCCUCGUGUGCUUCCGCUGGGGCGAAAUACAUCCGAGUAUGGGAUCUUACCAACUGGACUGAGGUACACUAUUUUCGCAUUCCUGUCAUGUGCCUCGCGUUGACAUUCGGCGAAGAAGAUUUAUUGUUAUUUGCGGCCACUAAGAGUAAUGGGCUCAUGUGUUGGAAUCUCGCGAACGGCGGUGCUCCUGAAAACCUCACAAAUUGGACGAUUGACUUCGACGACCAAUCCGGUUUGCAGUCCCGGCAGCCCACUUUGGCAGCGUUCUGUCAACAACAAAAUUUGCUAGCUGUUGUGUAUCGAGGAGAAGACCUACUGUUAUGGGACUAUGAAAGAGAGCGCAUGCACGACAUCUAUGAGAAAGAAACAGGCUCCAAUUUACAUGGGCCGCUGAAGAUCUCUGAUGGGAGUACGACUGUCUGGAGCCUUCAGUUCAGCACCCUAGGAGACGAUACUCUACUCGCUGCGGCCUAUUCUGAUGGGGACCUCGUUAUUUACGAUACCAUCCACGGUACUGUUCGGGAUAUACUAGUUGGCGUAAAUGCUCAGAAGCUCUCUUGCUCUUCCGACGAUCGCACAUUAGCAUGUGUAGAUUCUCUGGGUACCAUUCAACUAUACGACCUGGAGACGGGGAAACUACUAUAUCGCCUUGAAUUCGAAGGCGACGCCAUAGCGCCAAGGACGCUCGCUUUCACCUCGGAUAAUCACCGACUAAUCGAUAUACGUGCUAACCAAUGCCGUCUAUGGGACCCUGCAGUGUUGUUACGCCAAGAUCUGGACGACGAGGAUAGCGACACUGUUUCGGUAUCGACUGUACCACGUGAGGUUAGUUUUCGAGGUUCCAUGUCCAUCCACAUCACUGCCAUCGAGUGUAUCAUGUCAGAAUUUUUCGUGUUUUGUGGCAAGGAAGAUGGUUUAGUACAUAUUUACGACAUCUCCCGCGAACCUCAGGGUACCCAGCUUUUUAUCCAAACUACCGGUGUCCCUAUCAUGUUACUGCAUUUCAACGUGGAGAGUACAAUGCUGGCCUGCAGCGACGCAGGUAGUAGAGUCACGAUUAGGCAUGUGAAGAGAAACGGACGGAAGAACUGGGCUACAGCCGAGCCUCUAGUCGAUUUGGUAGUGGGCCAAGGUGUUACCGGGCUACUCUCAAGUGCAAAAUUUUCGCGUUAUCUGGCUGCCACGGAUGAAAAAACGUAUCUCUGGUCGAGAUCACCGGAUUCUGAUGAUAUCUUACUGCAACGAAUAAAACUUGAAAGCAAAGGCCAGUGGGUACAGCACGGUAUCAGCACAGAACUACUUCUUUGGGUAUCAGCUACAUCUGCUAAGAUAUAUCUUUGGUCGACCUUCGAAGUGUUGCAUAUGGUGUCUUUCGCGAACAUGGUCGAGCCUUUCAUGGCCAUAGAUCACAUUCGUCCGCUUCGCCAUCCCCGUUACUUUGCCGCUGUUCUAAUCGACCCCACGAGAACGCAAUCUUCGCAAAACACCAUCUCCAUCUACGAUUUUAGCGACUUCAACACCCAUGCACAAGAAGUAGGCUGCAUACAAAACCUCGGUACCCUGUCAUCUGCCGUCAAUGUAAUAAUCGGCAUUGACAACGAUCGACUAGUGUUUCUGGACACCAAUAAUUGGGUGCGAUCCCUUCCCAUUGGCACAGCCAAUGCUACUGCUGUAAGGCACUUCUUCAUACCGAGUGACUGGGUGAGUCUUGUCCGAGACCUGGUUUUGAAGCUUGGUCACAGUGGCGAGAUUAUAUUUGUCAAACGCGCAGAGCUAUUUGUGAUCAAGCGAGGACUGGAUAUGACAGAUGAGGGUAUCAUUACACCGCGAAAGAGGAGAAUGAGUCCUCGAAGCGCCAUGUUUGGCACAUUGCCGUAUCAUGCUAGUAGUUAUUGA